AUGGGCCCCUGUACCGCCUCCUCACGCUGCUGCCAGGCCCCAAAUCUGCCAUGGGCCCCCGUACCGCCUCGUCACGCUGCUGCUGGGUCCACAGUGUGUCAUGGGUCCCUGUACGGCCUCCCAUUGCUGCUGUCUCCAUCGCCACACUCUGCCAUGUGCCACUUUCAGGUCUCCUCACACUCCUGCUGGUUUCCAUUUUGUCAUAGGUUGCUGGCAGAUUACAGGCCUCCCAUAGGUGCUGCCAGGCCCCAAAUCUGCCAUGGGCCCCCGUACCGGCUCGUCACGCGCUGCUGCUGGGUCCACAGUGUGUCAUGGGUCCCUGUACCGCCUCCCAUUGCUGCUGUCUCCAUCGCCACACUCUGCCAUGUGCCACUUUCAGGUCUCCUCACACUCCUGCUGGUUUCCAUUUUGUCAUAGGGUGCUGUAUGGCCUCCCAUUGCUGCUGCCUCCACCGCCA